AUGCAAACUUGUUCCCUGUCGCUUUCAUUUUCCUCCAAACGUUUAAAUACUUUUGAGGUGUACACCCUCCACAUGUUCCUGCUCCUGCAGAACCAGCUCAUCCGUCUGAGGGAGCCGACUGGCUGCGCCUCCGCCUGCAUCGUCACCACUCCCCUCAUCCCUCCCACCAGGUUUUCCUGCUUUCACGCACCACUACAAACCUUCAGAUGCCAGCUUUCACGCAGACUGUGGGUUUUCUCGCAGGGACUCCACGCCUGCCACUGCAGCAUGUGGCGGGCAGCGCUGCUGUGGUGCCAGCUUUGGGCUGUCGCUCAGCCUCUCCUGGCUGAAGGCUCACCCACUGCCGUCGCCCCUCAGGACUGCAGUCUGGAAUGCAUCAGUCAGGGAGGACCUGCGUGUGAAUACUGCAGAGUAACCAAAGACGACAUCAAUAAGGCUCUGGGUUUUAACUCCAUCCAAGCGUUUGGAGGUUGUAUUCCAUGGCCAUGCUUUCAGCUCCUCGGAGCUGAAGACCCCCAAAUCUGUCAGCAUUACGUUCACGCACCAACUGACGUAAAAGUUGAGUUUGUGCAUGAUCCAAACCCCAACUCUGACACCAUCGUCAUCUACUGGAAGCCCAGUCGCUACGGAAUCUCAUUCUUGAGAGGUUUUCAAGUUUCUCUCCAGGCUUUGGGAGGGUUCGGCGUUUCCUGCCAGCUGUUGCUUUUCCACCGUAAUGUCUCCUUAUCAGCCUCAGGAGCUCAAACGGUGUAUAAGUCAGACCCGUUCACCGGACUCUCCCUGGGCUCCCAGUAUGCCGUGACUGUCAUGGCUCUGCCAGUUCCUGAGAAGUGGGAGAAGUUCUACCACAGCGAGCACUUUUCCACCCGCACUUGUGCAGAGAAAAAUGGUCUUGAGCGCUGCAAACACGACUGGUACCCGAAGCACAUCGAGGUCCAGCAAGAUGGUCCCAUCAUCACCGUGACUUUUAAUUUGGCCCCGCCAAACCUUGGCAUCAGAAGUUACUUCUGUUUGUGUUACGCAAACGGCAUGAAGAAAUACACAGAUAUCACACCCAAUUCCUCCAAAAACCAAACUUUCCACAGCUACCAGCUGAGUGGCCUUGAAGAAGGAACCAACUACACCUGUGAGAUUGCGGCAAACGAAAUCGACGCAGUGAGGAAGACCUUCAAAGUUCACAUCGGAGAUCUGAAUGCUCCCAUGUCCUCAGAGGCUCCCCCUCACACCCCCGCCGUGUCUGUGGUGCUACCACUGUGUCUGGCUGUGGUGCUCGUCAUUGGUGUCAUACUGGCUGCUAUUGUCUAUUGGAAAACCAAGGAGCACAGGAAGACACUCCACCUAAAACCAGAACUUUUUAUGCUACAUGAGAACAGGACCAAAGAGGAAGUUGUGUCAUUGCCCAAAACCCCACUGAUUCCUCCACGUCUACUGAUUUGCUACAGCAGAUAUGACGGUCCCGCCCAUGUUAAAGCCAUCAUGCACUUGGGAACCUUCGUACAGCAGCACAUGGCAACUCAGGUGCACCUGGACCUUUGGGAGAAUCUUAGCCUGUCUGAGGAGGGCAGCAUGUCCUGGCACUGCCGGCAGAUCCAAGAGUGUGACUUUGUCUUGGUGAUAUGUUCUCCGGGGCUCAGGCAAAGACACAACCCUGCAGGGUCAGCGAAGGAUGAGGAAGGUGACGAAGUAGCAGAUUUAGGGUUGAAUUUUAAAAGUUGCGAAGCAGUCGUUCAUAUUAUUGGAGAAGAAGUUGGCCGAGCCAAGGCCAGGGGGCAAGACCUGUCCAAAUACAUGACAGCCAUUUUCGAGUACUGUGAGGAAACGGACAUCCCCACAGAGCUGAGGCUGGUAUCUUGCUACAGACUGACAAAUGACUUACCGCUGCUCUUCUCCCACCUUCAUGGAGUGGCCCUGCACAGACCAGGAAGUUACCUGAAGAUAAACCACAUCACAGAGGAGGGCUUCUCAACCGUACCAUCAGGAGCUGCUCUGCAGUGGGCCAUACGUGAGGCUGGGACGGCCACGAAGGCAAAACGGGCAGCACACCGGGAAGGAAUAAGACCUAACCCAUGGAAUGUUUAAACCAACAUAAUGUAGUAUGGUGGCCCAGAAGGGUCAGUGAAAUAAAUAAGCCACAACAUUAUGACAAAAUCUAUAACAGAAGUAGAAAUGAAAGUAAAUGAAAAGGAAAUUACCUAAACAGCAGCAUAAAAUGGAAGCUGUGGUCAGCCAGAACUUGGAACUUAAACAGAAGCAAAUUAAUCAAUUAUGCUCAAAAUUUGGGGAAGUAAGAAAAUAUCGAUAUGGCAAUAUAUCGUGAUUUUUUCCCCCUGCAAUAUUGUAUCAAAAGCCGUGUAUCAAAUUUUUGGAAGAGUUUACAUGCAAACAUUUGUGUAUUUUUUUCUUUUAGUGCAAUUCAAACACCGGCCGCUAGUUGGCAGCGGUGUGCUGUAGGUUUUGUUUCCACCAUUGAAAUGUAAAUCCCUCUAUUGUGGUUCCGAUACCUCAUGUUAAACAUUUAACGUAUCAGUUUGGACUGUUUAUUGAAUAUUCCUACAAUAUAUUCAGUCUAAAAAAAUCGCCAAUAUCAUCUGACCGAAUGUAUCGCAAUAUAUCGUGAUGUAUUGUAUCAUGAUACGUAUCGUAUUGCCAUAAUUUCACCAAUACACAUCCCUACUCGAAAAGUAAGUGAACAGGAGAAAAUGGUGUUCAGGACUACGGUUCUUCAGUGGUGUUGUAGGUCCUGAACGCUGUUGUUUAAUGGACUAUUUAAAGUGUUAGCAUAAGUUCCUUUUAAGCAGUUCCAGCUAACCACUACUUCCUUUUUAUGCCCUUUUGUUUAGCUAACGUUGUGUUAUUGCUGUAGUCGUAGGAUUUCUGUUUGUGUUGCAGCUUUUUGUUUUGGUUUUGUGGCUUUUGUGUUUCAUCGAACCUUCUUACGGUAGUUCUCAUCUCCGUUCAGGAGACACGUUUAUCUGAACAAAACUAAAAACUAUGACUUUUAUAACAUGAUUUAUACAUCCAGUAAUAGAGCACAAAUAUAUUUUUGUACAUGUAAUUAAAGCAGCUACAUUUUCAAAUACUUAAAAACUGUUUAUGUGUACGGAAGAUGAUUUUAUUCAAAGCGUCUGUAUACGUCGGUUUGAAUGCAGCUAGGUGGAUGAAGUUUCUUGCCCAAGGACACAAUGGCAGAAUGACUCAUCCUCUCAUCACUGAAUGACCUAUUCGCUGCCAUCUUUAUUUACAGUAUUAGUCUUUAAAGUUAUACAUUCAGAAUGUUUUCUCUAAAUGAUGGCAUAUUUCACCUUUGUUUGUGUAAAUGUACCUAUCAUAUAGUUCUAUUCCUGUUAAAAAGGGGUCAUUCCUCCCCACCAUCGCCCAGUGCUUGCUCAGGAUAGCAGAUUGUAUUGAAAUGAAGAUUUGAUGCGAUCUGCUAGUUUCCUUCUUGGACAACCUUUCACUAAUUGUCAUUUUAUAAAACAUGGAAUCUGAUUAAAUCAUCUGGACCUGUUUUAUAUGAAUGGAACUUGUUGCUUUUUUAAAGCUUUGAUGGGAUUUUGUUGGUAAUUGCCUCUAUAUCAAAAAAAGAAUUUGAAUUGAGCCGUGUGAUGGACCUGUCGACCUGUCCGGAAAGCCCCCCACCCAUCGCCUGUUGAUGGAUGCAGAUGGACAUUAGCUUCCCACAACCAUAUGGAUGAAUGAGAAUGAGUGUUAUGUUAUACAGUUAGCAAAAUGAAGAAAUGUAAGGAUUAAAGUCAAACAAAUUUGAAAAUACUUCCAGAAUAAAGGCAAAAUCCUGAGAAAAGGGUCAAAACAAUAUCUCCGUUCAAAAAUGUUGAAAGUUGGUUGUUUUGAGGCCAGUAAGAGACCCCUGUUGCUCUGACUGUAUUUUUUUAGUCUUUAUUUUUAAUUAUUGUAAACCAGGGUUCUGAAUGUGCUUUUACUGAAUAAACCACAAAGACAUGGCAUUUUACUGAAUUUGAUAUAAUGACAUUAAGCCAAAGUUUUCCCAGUUAAAACUUAAUAAACUGUUUGGGGUGCAUGGUGGUAGCACUGUUGUCUCACAGCGAGAAGGUCAUAGGUUCAAAUCUUAGCCGGAGCUUUUCUAUGUGGAGUUUGCAUGUUCUCUGGGUUCUGCAGAUUCCUCCCACAGACCAAAAGCUUGCCUGUCAGGUAAAGGAACUACAUUGCUUUAUCUACAAUUCUAAGUUGCUUUGGAAGCAUCCACUAAAUAAAAUGGCAUAAACUGGU